AUGGUGGACCUGGAGCCGUUUUCAACUGACGUUCUCUGGAUAUUAAUUAUCGGGUUCAUUAUUGCAUUUGUGCUAGCGUUUGGAAUUGGCGCUAAUGAUGUGGCGAACUCGUUUGGUACAAGUGUCGGUAGCAAAGUAAUAACGUUACGACAAGCAUGCAUUCUAGCAACAAUAUUCGAGAUACUUGGAUCGAUUUUGAUCGGGGCGAAGGUGUCAGAUACGAUACGGAAAGGUAUCAUCGAUCCAACACUAUUUGAUAAUCCAAAAGAACUCAUGCUCGGUCAAGUAGCAUCGUUACUUAGUUGCUGCAUUUGGUUAUUAGUAGCUACGUUCUUUAAUUUACCAGUUUCGGGGACACAUAGCAUUGUCGGUGCAACUGUUGGCUUCGCUCUCGUUGCUCACGGUUCUCGUGGUAUUCAAUGGAUCGAAUUCGCUAAAAUUGGUGGCUCAUGGUUUGCUUCACCGGCAUUGGCUGGUAUCAUCUCUAUCGGUGUAUUUAUUGUCAUACGAAAAUUUAUCCUUGAACAAAAUGAUCAAUUAAGAGUUGGUCUUCGUUGGUUACCUGUUUUCUAUGGUGUUACAAUUAUGAUCAAUGUUUUUUCUAUUCUUCUCUCAGCACCACCACUUCUCUAUUUCGAUCGUAUUCCAUUGUGGGGAAAAUUUGUUGCGACAAUUCUUGUCGGACUUCUCGUUGGUUUGAUCGUCAUGACACUCGUGAAACCGCGAAUGAGGAAAAGCAUUCAAGAGACUUUGAAGAAAAAACAUGACCUGAUUAGUCGUGGGGAAGAACCACAACUAACUAAAACUGAAGGUCGUUUUGAAACCUAUACCGUAAAUCGCUUGGAAAACGUCAAUACAAGUGAUAAGGAAACUCAAAUUGAUCAUAUAUCAAUGUUGAAAGAAUUUGAUUUAAUUCGUUAUCAACAACAGCAUCCUGACCAAUUUCGCCCUUAUGUGGAAAUGCAACGAAUUCGAAAGGAUUCUGAAACAAUGUCGAAUGCAGGUGGAAGUACAAUCUCGCGCAUUCGUCGAGAAAGUGAUCGUUUCCGUACGGAUAAUGCGAUGUCCGAUGUCGGAAGCGUUAGUGGACAUCGACCUCAACCAGCCAUCCGCGAAAAAACAAAAAUCUAUCGUCUACCACAAUAUGCGAAUCCAGCCAGUGUACCUGGCUCCGUUUCUAAUGAAAAUAAAAGUUUACUAUUAGCUGCGGUAUUUAUGCCCCAUGAGGAUAAUUUGUCAUCAGCAUCGGGAAAUCAGAAUAGUUCAAAUGAAGAACUGGAUGAAGUUGAAGAUAAAAUGCCGGAAAUAUCGCAAAAGAAGAAAAAAGUUGAUACAACGAACGAUUCGAUAGAAGUGGCGGGAAUUUUCAAGUAUUUACAAAUUCUUACAGCUAUUUUUGGCGCCUUUGCUCAUGGUGGUAACGAUGUCAGUAAUGCUAUUGGCCCAUUGAUUGGUCUUUGGUUGAUUUUCAAUGAUGGUACUGUCACUGCUCAGUCAGCUACACCAUUGUGGGUUCUUUUCUAUGGUGGUCUUGGUAUAUCUGUCGGCCUGUGGGUUUGGGGUCGCCGGGUUAUUCGUACCAUUGGUGAAGAUUUGACGAAGAUUACACCAUCAAGCGGUUUUGUUAUUGAAAUUUCAACUGCAUUUACCGUUCUUGUGGCAUCGAAUUUGUCUAUACCAAUUAGUACAACUCAUUGCAAGGUUGGAAGUGUUGUUGCCAUUGGUCGUUUUCGUUCAAAACAAAGUGUCGAUUGGUCAUUAUUUCGUAACAUUAUUGUCGCUUGGGUGGUCACUGUUCCAGUGACAGGUGGCAUCGCAGCAGGUGUCAUGGCGCUUCUUCGCCUUCUGUUUUUAUGA